UAUGGAAAAAAUGCUACCGGAAGUGUUGGCAUCGCAUAAGGCUCAAUAAGAGCACGGCGGCAUAGGUAGCAGAGGGACUGCGGGAGGAAUGGCCGUUCCCAUGUUCCUACUUGCGCCUGAUCUCAGCGUCUCCAGGCUCUGCUUCGGAACCAUGACGCUUGGGGAGCAGAACACGGUGCGGCAGUCCUUCCGUCUUCUCGACGCGGCCUUCGAAGCCGGCAUCAACUUUCUCGACAGCGCCGAGAUAAGGUAUCCGGUGCCGCAGCGCAGAGAGACCCAGGGGAGGAGCGAGGAGUACAUUGGUCGUUGGAUGCGCGCGCGGAAUGUACCACGCGACCGCAUUGUUCUUGCCACCAAGGUGACAGGACCUUCUGGUCAGAUGACUUGGAUACGUGGGGGACCUAAAUCAUUGGAUGCUAAUAACAUUUUAGAGGCUAUCAAUGACAGCUUGUUGAGACUCAGCACAGACUACAUCGACCUUUACCAGAUACAUUGGCCUGACCGUUAUGUUCCAAUGUUUGGAGAAACUGAUUAUGAUCCACGUCAACAGUAUGGGUCUGUAGCUAUAGAGGAGCAGCUUGAUGCUCUUGGAAAAGCUGUUGAUUCUGGCAAGAUCAGGUACAUUGGGCUCAGUAAUGAAACACCAUAUGGUGUGAUGAAGUUUCUUCAUAUUUCUAAUUGCAUUCAGUCCAGCCCUAAGAUAAUCACUGUGCAGAACUCCUAUAACUUGCUCUGUCGAAAUUUUGAUUGUGGAUUAGCUGAGUGCUGCCAUCAUGAGAGCAUUAGCUUGUUAGCUUACAGUCCAAUGGCGAUGGGCAUACUUUCAGGGAAGUACUUUUCAGCAGGAGGAGGCCCAUCAGAUGCGAGAAUGAAUCUUUUUCGAGGAAGGUACUCUGAAGGUGAAUCCAGAUACAACCUCUCAAAUGUAACCUUGAAAGCAGCUGUUGAGGAUUACAUAAAUAUUGCCAGAAAGUUUGGUCUCUCUCCUGCAUCUCUUGCAAUAGCAUUUGUGUUGAUUCACCCUCUUGUGGCAAGUGCCGUUUUUGGUGCAACAAAAGUUUGGCAACUUAGGGAGGUGGUCGAAGCUUGUAAUGUCCAUCUUACAUCAGAAAUGACUGCAGAGAUCAACAAGGUUCAUGCAAGAUAUCCAAAUCCUUGCCCGUGACCAGUCAUCAUUUCUACAAUUAUCCACAAUAUAUGGCGUGGUGGCCUGAGCCACCGAGGCGGUGGGGCUCGGCGACACAGCGGAACUCAUCAGACGCGGCGGAGGCAGCUUCUGGGGCGUGGUUUCCAGUCCGUGGUCUUCAUAUUAAGCAUUGGCUGCCUCUCAGCCUCGACCGCCCAAAGAUCCCAAGUCGAUGGCUGCAGCAAAACCCCGAUCAGAGGAGGGAGGCCGAGAAAACUACAAAAAGCUAACACCGGAACAUGACUUUUACCCAAUGCCAAACAAUCAUACAAGCACGCAUCUACACAUCAGGGGCCUAAACCAACGAUAAACCAACGAUCUCCCAUCAGAUAGAAAGACAAGCCUUGGGUGUGGAACCGAUCUUGAGAUUGGCGUAGAGGGGUUUUACUUGGUCUUCGCGGUGCAGAGCUUCUUGUGGCGCUUGAAGGCUUCUGCUGCUGACCGAGGAUUUUUCCCAUCGUCGAACUCUUGGUCUCGCCGUCUUUUUCCCAUCGCCGCCGCCCUUGCCGAUACAAUAGGGUUGACAAUUCAUUCCAUCCUCUUCGAUCGGCCGCCGGAUAUUUCGGAGACUGGCGAUUCAAGAGAACUUCGAAAAGGGGAGAGAGAGUUACUGCUUUGAGAUUCGUGACAUCCGAAUCCGAUGCCGACGAGCCUUUUUAUAUGCGGUCAUCGGCGGAUGUAACAGAGAGGACACGGUUGUGAGGAGAAGAGAGGGACCAUAGGGGAAUCCUUUUUGCUGCUGUUGCUCUUCGCUUACGAGAUUUAUCUGUCUCUUGAUCUCCUUGAUUCUUCAGCGUGGGUUUGUGCAGGGGGAGGUGAAGAGGGUGGGGGGUUCAGUUGGUAGUGACUAAGAUCUUUAUGGCCGCGAAGCGUUGUGCGCAUGAUUGUUGGAAGACAAAUGGUUCAGCAAUUCUAUAAAAUUACAUGAUAAUUAUGGAUCAGCUGGCAGAGUUGUCUCUUCCAGUGGGUUUGGGUACCUUCGUGUGCCUCAACUGAUUCUUCUUGGUGUUCCCAUUAGGCAGAGCAGUACCAACUGUGGCCGCACUCUACAUGGUGGCAUGUUGCCAUCGCCUAGACCAACCCUUGUAGCACAUAAAACAUUGCUGUAAUGGUAUAAUCGCAUUAAUUACAUGGACUUACAGCCAUUAUGGCAACAUUCAAAAACCA